AUGUCAUCGUUCUUUGGACUCGGUAAAACACGAACAUUUAAGCCACGAAAGGAUGUACCAGAGGGGACGAAACAAUAUCAGCUCAGAAAGUAUGCCGAAGCAACUUUGGGAUCAGGAAAUCUGAGGUUAGCUGUCCAGCUCCCGGAGGGCGAGGACACGAACGAGUGGCUUGCGGUUCACACGGUCGACUUUUUCAAUCAUCUUAAUAUGUUGUAUGGGACGGUCACGGAGUUCUGCACCCCGCAAGAAUGCCCAAUAAUGUCAGCGGGACCAAGAUAUGAAUAUCUGUGGGAAGAUGGCGUCAAAUACAAGAGACCGACUAAAUUACCAGCUCCAGAAUAUGUUGACGCGCUUAUGAACUGGGCGCAAAACAUCCUGGAUGAUGAGAACAUUUUCCCGAACAAGAUUGGUGUACCGUUCCCUAGAAACUUCCGCGACACCGUUCGAACCAUUGUGCGCCGCCUAUUCCGAGUGUAUGCACAUAUAUAUAGCAACCAUUUUGACCACAUAUGCGCGUUGGGAAUCGAAGCUCACCUUAACACAAGCUACAGACACUUCUUCCUGUUCGUGAACGAGUUCGACUUGGUCGACAAGAAGGAAUUGGCACCGUUGGACGAACUCAAUGACGCAAUCCUCGCAGAGGACAAGACGCGGUAGCCUCCCACAGUCUAGGACGUCUAGAAUCGAUAGCAGUAUACCACCCACACCGUUGGCAAUUGAUGAUUC